AUGCACGUCUCAUACAUUUCUCUGGCGUUCCUUGCCAUCGGCGCCAUCGCCGCGCCCGCCGCCCCCAAGCCCGACAAUGAGUUCGGAGACAUUGCUGGCGGCUUCCCUUUCAACACAGUUGGCUCCUCCAGCAUCGAGGACACCGAUGAAGGAUUCGACGAUUCCUUCCCCUCCGCCCUCGACGCAAUGCACCAAGCCUUGGCUCAGAAGCAGCAGUCCGCUCAGUCCGCUCAGCUUGCAUCGACCUCCCACCCUUUGGUUGCCAAGCCCACCAAAGCCCACCCAACCGCGAACUUCCCAGCUCCCGUCGUCUCCCAGGCCCCCUCCCAGGCCGCCCCUGUCGUCUCGCAGGCUCCUGUGAUUUCCCAGGAUGACCCUGCUCCCACCAUCCCCACUACAUCUCACGCGGUGAUCCCCACUCCUGCGAAGAGCAGCUCUGCUUCUCCUUCCUCUAGCGCAACUCCAUCCCCUAGCGCAUCUGCUGCCGCUGGGCCCCUUAGCGGCCUUGUCAAGGGCCUUCCCAUUGUUGGAGGUUUCGUUGGCGGCCCCCUGGCUGGCCUUGGUCUCCGUCGUUAA